AUGCUGCCUGUGCAUCUAUUCCUGGUGGGAGGGGUGAUGCUGAGCUGCAGCCCAGCCAGCUCACUUGAUUCUGGUAAAUCUGGGAGCCUACACCUGGAGCAUAGCGAAACCCCGCGCUUCCUAGCAGAGCUCCGAAGCGUGCCGGGUCAUCAGUGCCUGCGGGACAGGACCGAUUUCCCAUGUCCCUGGAAGGAAGGAACUAACAUCACACAGAUGACUCUGGGAGAAACCACCAGUUGCUACUCCCAGACCCUCAGGCAUGUCCUCCACCUCUUUGACACAGAGGCCAGCAGAGCUGCCUGGCACGAGAGGGCGCUGGACCAGCUACUAUCUAGCCUGUGGCGUGAGCUGCAAGUGCUGAAGAGGCCAAGAGAGCAGGGCCAGUCCUGUCCACUGCCUUUUGCCCUGGCCAUCCGCACCUACUUCCGAGUGUUCUUCCGCUAUCUGAAGGCAAAGGCACACAGCGCUUGCUCCUGGGAGAUCGUCAGAGUCCAAUUGCAAGUGGACCUUCCAGCGUUCCCACUGUCUGCGAGAAGAGGCCCAAGAUGA